ACUUGCGUAUUUGUGCUCUCAGUUUAAGUUGGCUCUCGGAGCUCUUCGAACGGGUUUUUUAAAAGGAGGUCGCUAUUGGCUUGUGCGUCGGUAGUGCGUCAUUUUCGCAGUCAACAUAUUUUCACCUAUCGUGUAACAAAUAAUAACAAUCUCGCGUGUGAGCUGCACAGUAAAGUUGUUGUUUUUUGAAACCGUUCAACAAAAUGAUACUCGAGCAUGAGCGGCCGGAGAUGCCGCCACGCUACAUGCGACAAGUAAUUUGGCGCAGCAUGCACCCCGAACUGUCAACAGGCAGCGGCAGCAAAGUAUUGUGUCGCAUGAAGGAGCGACGCCGCUGCGGCUCAAAGCGCGUCAGCAAACACCACUUCUUCAAGACCAGUCGUGGCUUCUUUUGGUUUAUGCUCUGCAACCUGCUGGUCUCGCAGAAUAAUGGUGUCAAGGCACAGCUCCUAAUAAACGUGCAGAAUCAGGGCGGCGAGGUCAUACAGGAGAGCAUUACAUCCAACAUUGGCGAGGAUCUCAUUACCUUGGAGUUUCAGAAAACAGACGGCACGCUCAUCACACAAGUCAUCGACUUUCGCAACGAGGUGAAAAUUCUAAAGGCGCUGGUGCUGGGCGAGGAGGAGCGCGGUCAGAGUCAGUACCAAGUGAUGUGCUUCGCCACAAAAUUUAACAAGGGCGACUUCAUCUCCUCCGACGCAAUGGCCAAGCUGCGCCAGAAGAAUCCACACACCAUACGCACUCCCGAGGAGGACAAGGGCAAGGAGACGUUCACAAUGAGCUCCUGGGUGCAACUGAAUCGCUCACUACCCAUAACGCGUCACCUGCAGACGCUUUGCGCUGAGGCCGUGGAUGCCACAUAUGUGCGCGACGUCGAUCUCAAAGCUUGGUCCGAGUUGCCAGGCUCCUCGAUUUCUAGCCUUGAGGCGGCCACCGAAAAGUUCCCCGACGUGCUCUCGUCGCGCUGCAACGAAGUGAGCAGCUUGUGGGCGCCCUGUCUCUGCACGCUGGAGACGUGCAUCGGCUGGUAUCCGUGCGGACUGAAGUACUGCAAGGGCAAAAGUGGCAACGCCAACCUGGGAGGCGACACAUCCGGUGCCCAACAGCAGACAAAUUAUCGCUGCGGCAUUAAGACCUGCCGCAAGUGUACACAGUUCACCUAUUAUGUGCGCCAGAAACAACAGUGCCUGUGGGAUGAAUGACGACGCGGCGAGCUGCAGAUGCGCUGUGUUGUC